UGCUACACCGGCUGCUACUGCCGCCUCGUCUCGUCCGUUCUCAAGCCGCUGCCCGGCGCCUGAUGAGCUGCCUCCGCCGCACUCGCCACACCCCCCUCUUCCGCCUCCGCCGGGGCUUCUCUGGCUCCUCGGCGGCGAUGGGGGUGGGAGCGGAGGCGCUCCCUCCGCCGCGGCCUUCCGCGGGCCGCCGCGUGGUCGUGACGGGGCUGGGCGCCGUCACGCCACUGGGGCGCGGCGUGGGCGCCACCUGGGACCGCCUCGUCGCGGGGAGGUGCGCGGUGCGCUCGCUCGCCGCGGAGGACCUCCGCCUCCCGGCGGAGACGGCGGGGAGGACGCUUGAGCAGCUCCCGUCCAGGGUCGUCGCCGCCGUGCCGCGCGGGAAGGGCAAGGACGAGUUCGACGAGGAGGCGUGGACCAAGGAGAAAUCUAUAUCAGGAUUUAUAUCCUAUGCUCUCUGUGCAGCUGAUGAGGCUUUGAGAGAUGCAAAUUGGUUGCCUUCAGAAGAUGACAAGAAAGAAAGAACGGGAGUCUCUAUUGGUGGAGGGAUUGGAAGCAUCUCCGACAUUUUAGAUGCAUCACAAAUGAUCAUUGAAAAUCGUUUGCGUCGCCUCAGCCCAUACUUCAUACCAAAGAUUUUGAUCAACAUGGCAUCAGGCCACGUCAGCAUGAGAUAUGGUUUCCAGGGUCCAAACCAUGCUGCUGUGACAGCUUGUGCCACCGGUGCUCACUCUAUUGGUGAUGCUACACGGAUGAUUCAAUUUGGAGAUGCUGAUGUGAUGGUGGUUGGUGGAACAGAGUCCAGUAUCGAUGCUUUGUCUAUAGCUGGAUUUUCUAGGUUAAGGGCAUUGUCUACAAAAUAUAACUCAUCUCCAUGUUCAGCUUCAAGGCCAUUUGAUUGUGGUAGAGAUGGAUUUGUGAUUGGUGAAGGCUGUGGCGUCAUGGUUUUGGAGGCACUGAAUCAUGCUAAGGAACGGGGUGCAAAAAUUUAUGCUGAAAUUCGAGGCUACGGAAUGUCUGGUGAUGCACACCACAUAACUCAGCCACAACACGAUGGUAGAGGUGCUAUCUUAGCCAUGAAGCGGGCUUUAGAUCAGUCAGGACUUAAUGCAAGUGAAAUUGAUUAUGUGAAUGCACAUGCAACAUCAACUCCUCUCGGCGACGCUGUGGAGGCGAACGCAAUCAAAACCAUCUUCCGUGAUUACGCAGCAUCUGGUGAUCUUGCAUUAUCCUCAACAAAGGGAGCAAUUGGUCAUCUUCUAGGGGCAGCUGGGUCAGUGGAAGCGAUCUUCACCGUGCUAGCGAUCCACCAUGGAGUCGCCCCGCCUACGCUCAACCUGGAGCAGCCGGACCCACUGUUUGAAGGCGCGUUCACGCCAUUAUCUGCAGCAAGGAAGAUGCCGAUACGAGCGGCCAUCUCCAACUCCUUCGGGUUCGGUGGAACCAACACCUCGCUGCUGUUCUCGUCCCCGCCCUAGUCGGAACAGCACUGCCCUUUUUUUUGCCUGAAGAGCUGCACCAGAAUAUUCAGAGAUUCUUCUGAGGAAACACCGGAAGGCACCAUUCGCGUUGAGCUGAAGCUGAUGUUUUCUGGCUGACCCUUCUGUUCAUUCUGUUCACCAACCCACCCCUCUCUCUUGUGCCCGCUUUGUGCUACCGAACAUUCCUAGGUUAGCAACGGUGACUGUUGAGACUUGAGGCACCUGCGGUUGCGUGUCUUCCAUUGGAUUUUGCAUCGCCACACACCCACACGCGUGGUUUUGUCUGUACCACACGAUGGAUCCCGUUAGGGUUACAUGUUUGGUGAUAUUUUAGAGAAAAAUAUGGUCGAAAUUAAAAAGAUAACUACUCCAUUCGUUUCAAA